AUGGGCUCAGGUGGUCUUGAUCUGGACGGGGACGGGAGGCUUCUUUCCAUGCGGGCCCGGCGGGAAACGGGGGGUCCUCCCGGCUGGGGCCCGAACCGACAGAGACGAAAGACCCCCCAGCAUCUUCCGCCGGUGCUGAGGCAGCAGCCAACGAGCGAAACAGGCGGGCCGCCUGCCAGAUGCCCCGCGCUGGACUGGCGCCAGCUGGAGGGUCAGCCGGGUCGCAAACAGCCCACCGUCUCUCGCGGAGGCGGGCAGAGCGCUGGCGCCACGAGCCCCCACGCGCAGCCCAGAAAGGGUCCUUCACGCAAAGCGACCGGCAGGCAUCCUGCGAAGAAGCCAAAAUGUGAGAAGAGAAGCGUGGCCAAGCUGGAGAAGAGAGGAGCCGAUGGUGGGCCAGCGGGGAAAGCCAUCUCGAGGGCGACGCUGCUGGGCCUCCGGAUGAUGCUGCAGAGCGAGGAGAAGGGGGCUCCCGAAGCAGCCACAGACGCGCUGGAGGACCGCCGGGACCUCUGCAUGGAACCGCUGGAGCCAGAGCCCCGCAGGCCUGAUGCCUUCCAGACCCACCUCCCGGAGGAGGAGGAGGAGGAGGAGGAGGAGGAGGAAGAUGGCGACAAAGAGGAAGGAGAAGAGGGGAUCUACGCCACCGGGUUGUCCACCCCUUUGGAGAUGGAGCCAGAGGGGAUGCAAAACCAACCGGUGGAGCUGGAUAACAGCAUUUUCUUGAAUGAGGACAGUAACCAGCCAUUGCCAAUGGACCGAUUCUUCGGCAGCGUGGCCUUCACGCAGGAUCUCCCACCUGCUCCUCUCUCACGGGCCAACGUCAGCAGGCGAGAGUUCCGAAAAAUGCACUUCAUUGCCAAAGAUGAGGAUGAUGACAGUGACGAAGAGGUCAUUUGAAGCCAGCAAGAGCCCAUCUUAUGUUACUGCCUGUUUUCCAGGUGCAACACAGACUAAAAAGUGUUCCUUGCCAUUGUGGCCUCUUCUCAAGGUGCGUUCUUCAGAAAGAAUCACCCCGUGGUAUGGCUGUUGGGCUACUCUCAGACAAAGGUGCCCAUUUUUGGCAAGGUCCCUCAGCCACAGUGCCUGCUUGGUGCCACAGAGGAGACCAUUCGUGUCUUAGAGAAAACAGCAGCCUUUGACCUGACGACAACCACAACUCUCCCUGUUACAUAAGAAACACGGGCAAUUCUUCACCCACGUGGCAGUGGGUUUCUUUGUUUGGGACGUCCCGAUCAGAUUUGGAAACAGGCAAUCCCUCAGUCUGGCGUUAGCCAUGAGAAUUUGAUAACGCAUUCAGCGCUGGGACCUGCGGUGAUGGGAAGGAGGAACCUAGACUGUCUUGUAAGCUUGGGAUCCUCCCGAAGGUGGUCUGGCUAUGACGUCUGCCACCCCUGGGUUGAUUCCGCCAAUCUGGUUGGCCAUCUCUUCUGAAAGGGGGCAUGCAGUGGAAGAAGACCACAGUCCCAAAUGGGAGCCUCUUGUUCUUCAGACAAGGGAAUAUGCCGGCUUCAAACAAGCUUUAGCUCCACCCCACCAUCGGAGGUUGUAGCGCUUUCUAAAGACAUCCUCUCCGGCCAUGAAUGAAUUAGGAGCUUCUGAACCCUUGGCCCUUGAUGUUCAAGAGGAAGAACGACACUUUUUUCUGAAGUCCUCUUAGCACUCUGGGCUGCCUGGUUUGGGAAUCAAAAAUCUGGACCGGGAGAGCACUUGGCAAUCUCUGAGGAGCACUAAAGGGAUUACAGGAUCCUAUAGCCAUCAGCUCUUUGCAAAGCAACGUGCAGCAGAAGGGUGUGUUGUCAGCCCUGCUUCUGUGUCCUUAAAUAAAUGUUGGUGCCCUCCUGGCUCGCAGGUCA